UUCCUUGGUUUAGAUAUUUCUUCCUGUAGCGUUGAUGUCACUUUGUAUUCAUUGCACUCCCCGGAAACUGUGACAUAACAAUCGUGACAACGCUUCCGGUUGAAUCGACUUCCUGUCUUCUUUGAGCACAAAGUUUAAGCCCUUUUUCUUCAGUUCUAGCUGACGCUCUUUGCAUAAUGGGUGAAUUUUAUUUUACCACUUUUGAAAAACCUUCGGUGCUUUUUGCAGUGAAUCUGGAAUAUUUUUGAGCUCAAUAAUGAAGAUCAGUUUAGAACUAACAGGAAGUGACCCUGCAGUUUUUCCGGUUAACAAAACAAUCGUCACAAAUGACUUUUCUUAGACUUCCUGUCAUUCGCGUUACUAACGCUAAUAUUCUUUGCUGGUGGUAUUCGUGGAAAGGUGUCUUACUAGGUAGACAACAGAACAAUUCUGCAUCUUUUCAUUGUGAACUUACAGGAGUUGUCUGCAGGUUGAGUAGACAGCUGUUGCUCGUGGCAGGGAAACGUUCUAAGGGGACCGCAUGACAUUUCUCAGUAUUAAGAAAAACACAAACUACGAUCUGGAUGCAUUCAGGGACAUCAAACCAUUCCAAAUACCUAAGUCCAAAGAUUGUGAAAGGUACAGUGACCUACCGACUAACGGCUUCCUAAACUGGGCAGCAUGCCCACAGCCACCUCGUUAUGCCGAGAUGCCCCCUCCUCUCCAGCGCAUACAGACAAACAAUGCGGAAGAGGUUGUCUUUUUCAACGUGCAGAAGUGUUACGAAAAGGUCCAGUGCCGAAAGAACAAGAAAUCGAAACAGCGUGUCCAAGGGGCCACAAUCAAUUUACGAGUCACGACCGAUACACCCAUCUCUAAAGUAGAAGUGUACGUAGAGAGGCUACCAAAGGCUGCUGUUCUCUGCGGAGACAGCAAUGGUAGAGUCCCACUCAAACUUAAGAUGGAGAAUCUCAUGUAUUCUGAUAACUACCAGAGACAGGAUCAAUACUUCUCUGUUGACUUGGACUCUGUGUAUCAUAAUCCAAUCACCGGCUCUCCAGUAUACAAGCUGUCCACAGUGGACUCGGAAAGACGCAACCGCUUUUGGCUGUUAGCUUACAUUGUUUACGCCAAUGGACGUAAGAGUCAACCAUUUUACAGCGAACCUUUUUUGCUUAAAAGUAAGAGAAGCUGUAAGGCCUCUCCUUAUUAACACAUUCUUAAUUCUGACCUCCAUGAAAAACUGAUACAAGAAGGGUGGAACUCAGAAAGUUCAAUUCAAAGUUCUAAUCUUUUUCUUCUUUGUACAUUCUUUUCCUUCUUGGUUCAUAGUUGCCUCUUGCUUUGUACUUGCCUCUUUCUUACUGAGUUGAUAUUUUCCAGCCUACUUUACGUUCAAAGAUAGUCAAAUAAUCAUAGUGCCAUAGCUCCCUUAAAGAAAACUUUAUAUUAAUAAAAAGAUGGUGUAUCAAUUUGUUUAAAAUGGUCUUGAAAAGAUCAUGGAUUUACUUUAACCGUGACGCAAAUUAUACAUGAAGAACGAUACACCUAUUUGUUUUUCGGUUCAUCACUUACUAGUGCGAUUUUUGAAAUGUUAGUUGCCUGAGUAAUUGUGUAAAAAGAUGUAAAUAUAUCGAAACAAUUUCUUUCCAUGAAGCUCUCUCCAACAAAAGCUACAAAACUCAAACAGUGAAAUGUUUGAAUCCACGAGACCUUAAGCUUGAGUAGAAUUGUGAUUGUACAAGUUCUGAUUUGCGUCAAGAAAGCAAAAAACGCUAUAAAUUUUAAGCUUGGUUGACCGUAAGCGUGGGACAAAGAAAUAAUAUUUUCUACGUCUAAUUUUCAAGGGAAAAAAAGCUACAGAACCGUUUGCGGCACCAACAUGCGUCUAGAUUGAAUAUUUCUUUGAUUCCUGUGAGAAUACCAUACGUGUAAAUAUUACUGCCAUCUGUGCUACUAAAGUACUGAGUUGUCGUAACCUUCUUGGUUACCUUUUAUUACAUUGACGAUGGUGUUUUCUGAAACAAGACUGAAAGAUUAACACACUAGAAGUGUCAUUCACCGUCAUUAAAAGAUGUUUUAAUGAUACGAGAAAAGAUAAGUUGAAUUGUAUCAAUUUAAAAGGUUUAACUAGUGAUAUUUCAUAAAUAAAGUAGUAACAGAGAAACAUUUGAAUAAAUAAAACAACAACAGUAACAAUUUAA